AUGAUGGACCAAGCUGCUUACACGAAGCGCAAGCUUCGCGUGGCAAUCAUUGGAGCUGGCUUUUCAGGAUUGAUCAUGGCGCAUAAGAUCCAACAUGAGCAGCCCGAGUUGCAAGAGUACAUUGAUCAUGUCAUCUUUGAGAAGAAUGACAAGAUAGGCGGUACUUGGUACGUCAACACCUAUCCAGGUGUCCAGAAUGAUGUGCCGGCUCACAUUUAUGCGUUUCCAUUCGACCCCAACCCCAAUUGGUCCAAGUUUUAUGCCGACGGCCAUGAGUGUUGGGAGUAUAUGGAGCGCGUUGCCAACAAAUGGGACUUGAAGCGGAACAUCCAGUUCAGCACCCAAGUGGUGUCGCUCGACUGGCUGGAGGAUGAAGGCAAGUGGAACAUCAAGCUCAAAGCCAACGGCAAGGAGGAGAGAGAGGAAAAGGCAGAUAUCAUCAUCUCGGCACAAGGCUUUCUGAGUCAAUGGAAAUGGCCCAACAUCCCAGGUAUACACGACUUCAAGGGGCACAAGGUUCACUCUGCGCAUUGGGACCAUUCGUUUGACUACUCUGGCAAGAAGAUCGGCAUUAUCGGAAAUGGUUCCUCGGCAAUUCAGAUUCUCCCACAAAUGGCUAAGCUCAAAGACACGCAAAUCGUCAGUUUCCAGAGGAAUCCUACGUGGAUUACUCCAAGCCUAGGGGAGACUCUGGCUAAUACUGGCGUUGGCAGUAACUUCAACCCCAGGUACACCAAGAAAGACAAACGACGAUUUGCCGACCCGGAAAAGCACAAGAAGUACCGCAAGACACUCCAGCACGGGAUGAACAAGGGCUUCAGACUCUUUUCAAAAGGCUCCGAACAAAACGCCAAAUCGACACACGCGACCGUGGAACGGAUGCGAAAAGCCCUCAACUACAAUGAAGAACUUUGCUCAAAACUGAUACCAGACUGGACGCUGGGCUGCCGGCGCCUCACGCCCGGUGAAGGGUAUCUCGAAGCCUUCCUUCUUCCUAGUGUGGCCCUGGAGCAAUCGUCCAUCACGCAGAUCACGGCCACGGGCAUUCAAACCGGCGAGAAAGGCUACGAUCUCGAUGUGAUUAUCUGCGCCACCGGUUUUGAUGUUUCUCACGUUCCACACUACCCUGUCACCGGCCGCAAUGGCGUGACUCUUGCCGAGCAGUGGAAAGACGAGCCAGAGUCCUAUCUAUCCCUCGCCUGCCCGAACAUGCCGAAUUACUUCAUCUUCACUGGCCCUAAUGCGACAGUCGGGCACGGCACGCUCAUAACCAGCAUGAACUGGUCUGCUGAUUGGAUGAUCAAGUGGCUGCGCAAGAUCUCGCGAGAGCAGAUCAAGAGUGUAUGCCCCAAGCAGUCAGCCACGGAUGAAUUUGUGCGGUACGGUGACGAGAUCCAUAAGACUCUGGUCUGGACUGGGAGCUGUUCGAGCUGGUACAAGAACCAUCGUGUGAAUGGCCGCGUAACGGCGACAUGGCCUGGCAGCGCGCUACUAUACAGAGAGAUGAUCGAAGAAAUCAGACCGGAAGACUUCGACAUCGAGUGGAACAGUAGGAAUCGCUUCCGCUUCAUGGGCAAUGGUUUCACAGCGCUGGAGCUCAAGGACGACGCGGAUUUGGCAUUCUAUAUCAAGUAG